AAGCGCUGGAAUGGGGAGGGGGUGGUUUGGUGCGAGAAGGGGGUGCAGGUGCUGCUCACCACGGUGGGCGCCUUCGCCGCCUUCGGCCUCAUGACCAUCGCCAUCGGCACCGACUACUGGCUCUACGCCCGCGCCUUCAUCUGCAACACCAGCAACAUCUCCGGCGAGGACGCGGCCCAUCGCGACCGUCGCGACCCCGGCGGGUUGACCCACUCCGGCCUCUGGCGGAUCUGCUGCCUCGAAGGCCUGAAGCGGGGGCUGUGCCUGAAGAUCAACCACUUCCCCGAGGACAUGGAGUACGACCACGACAGCGCCGAGUACCUGCUCCGGGUGGUCCGGGCCUCCAGCAUCUUCCCGAUCCUGAGCGCCGUCCUGCUGCUGCUGGGGGGGGUCUGCGUGGCCGCCAGCCGCCUGCGCCGCGCCCGCACCAGCCUCGUCCUGGGCGCCGGCAUCCUCUUCGUCGCUGCCGGCCUCAGCAACAUCAUCGGGGUGAUCGUCUACAUCUCGGCCAACGCGGGGGACCCGGGGACGAAGCGGGACGAGGACAAGAAGAGCCAUUACUCCUACGGCUGGUCCUUCUAUUUCGGGGGGCUCUCGUUCAUCCUGGCCGAGGCCAUCGGCGUCCUGGCCGUCAACCUCUACAUCGAGCGCCACCGCAAAGCCCGGGGGGGGCCCGGGGGGGGGCCGGGACCCCCUCCUCCCCCCCCUCCCCCCCGCGUCCCCCCGGGUCCCCGUCCUCGACCCCGACGACGAUCCCGGUCCAGUUCGCGCUCCAGCGAACCGGGACGGUCGCGGGAUGCCUCCCCUCCCCCCCCGCCGCCCCUCCCCCCGCCCGGGAAAUCCGGGGGGGGCCCCCCCCCCGCCGAUAUCUCCAUGUACACCCUAUCGCGGGAGGGACCCCCCGGGCCGCCCCCCCCCGGCACCCCCGGACCCCCCUUUUUGCAGUUGCAUAACGCCUUUGGGAAGGACCCCCCCGGGGGCCCCCCCGACAGCGCCUCGGGGACCAGCACCCUCAACCGCAAGACCACCCCCGUCUAGGGGCACCCCGGGACCCCCUCGGGACCCCCCAGCACCCACUCGGGGACCAGCACCCCCAACCGCAAGACCACCCCCGUCUAGGGGCACCCCGGGACCCCCUCGGGACCCCCCAGCACCCACUCGGGGACCAGCACCCCCAACCGCAAGACCACCCCCGUCUAGGGGCACCCUGGGACCCCCACGGGACCCCCCAGCACCCACUCGGGGACCAGCACCCCCAACCACAAGACCACCACCCAUCUAGGGGCACCCUGGGACCCCCCCAGGACCCCCCAGACCCCUCUUGGGGACCAGCACCCCCAACCACAAGAACCCCCCCACCUAGGGGACCCUCCCAGGACCCCGGGACCCCCCUGGGGACCAGCACCCUCAGUUGCAAGACCACCCCCAUUUAGUCGCACCC